AUCAGCUCCACUGUUUAUAUUUCUUCCCGCCAUAUUUCCCACCCGGGCUCCGACUUCUAGAGAGAGAGAGAGAGAGAGAGAGGGAAGGAGUCGGGAGACACAAAACCCUUCUCCGUACUUCAUUAGUGUUCUGCAAGUACUAUCGGUUAUCCACUCUCCGAUCCUGCUUCUUUCUCCUCUGAAGAACCCUAGAAACGUCGCAAUGGAAGAUUCUAGGGCUUGCACGGGACCAACCGGCGACCCGUACCACUCUCAAGCGGGGAUCAUCUCGAAGAUCCGUCUGGAGAACUUCAUGUGUCACAGUAACUUGGAAAUCGAGUUUGGAGACUCGAUCAACUUCGUCACUGGCCAAAACGGAAGUGGAAAGAGUGCGAUACUCACCGCGCUGUGUGUUGCUUUUGGGUGUCGAGCCAAAGGCACGCAGCGGGCGGCCACAUUGAAAGAUUUCAUAAAGACGGGAUGCAGCUAUGCUGUUGUUGAUCUUCAAAUUAAAAAUCAAGGCGAUGAUGCUUUUAAGCCAGAUUUAUAUGGUGACAUGAUAAUAAUAGAACGCCGGAUUUCGGAGACGACAAGUUCUCUUGUCUUGAAGAAUCAGCAAGGAAGAAAGGUAGCUAGUCGCAGGGAGGAUCUACGUGAGCUUGUGGAACAUUUUAAUAUUGAUGUCGAGAAUCCAUGUGUAAUUAUGAGUCAAGACAAAAGCAGAGAAUUUUUGCAUUCGGGGAAUGACAAAGAUAAAUUCAAGUUCUACUUCAAGGCUACACUGCUUCAUCAAGUGGAUGAGCUCUUGAAGAGUAUCAGUAGUCAGCUGGUUGAUGCAAAUGAAGUUGUUAAUGAGCUGGAAUCCUCAAUAAGACCAGUUGAAAAAGAACUUAAGGAGUUGCAAGAAAAAAUUAAAAACAUGGAGCACAUAGAAGAAAUAUCUCAAAAGGUGCAGCUGUUAAAGAAGAGGCUUGCAUGGUCAUGGGUUUAUGAUGUGGACAAGCAGCUUCAGGAACAAAGUGAAAAGAUUGAGACUCUGAAAAGCCGUAUACCUAAGUGCCAAGACCGGAUUGAUAGACAAAUUGGUAAGAUUGAAGAAUUGAGGGGUCAUCUGACAAAAAAGAAAGCUCAAAUUGCCAGCAUGAUGGAGAGGACAUCAGAAGUGAGGAGGAUGAAAGAUGAAUUGCAGCAGAGUCUCUCUCUGGCUACGAAAGAACGACUUGAGCUGGAAGGAGAUCAUGGCCGGAAGAUAAACUUAAUCCAGAAGAUGGUGAAUCGGGUGAAGUUGCUUGAGCAGCAAAUUCAUGAUAUUCAUGAGGAGCAUACGAAGAAUACGCAGGCUGAGGAAUUUGAGAUUGAGGAAAGGCUCAAGGAACUUCAAGAUGAGUUCAAUGCGGCUAAUUUAUCAUUAUCAAGAUUGAAGGAAGAAGAGGAGGCCUUAUUGGAUAGCCUAUCUGUUCAAAAGGAUGAAUUAGAAAAGAUUGCUCGUGAGAUUGCUGACAAUGAAAAGAAGCAUCGCGAGAUUAGAUCAAGCAUCCGUGAUCUCCGAUUGAAUCAGUCCAAUAAGGUAACAGCUUUUGGAGGAUUUAGAGUGACUGCUCUGUUACAGGCAAUAGAGAGACAUCAUCAUAGAUUCAAAAGACCACCCAUUGGUCCCAUUGGUGCCCAUGUGUCUUUGGUACAUGGCGACAUGUGGGCUGUUGCUGUAGAAAGUGCAAUAGGCAAAUUGCUCAAUGCUUUUAUUGUGACAGAUCAUAAGGAUUCUGUUCUUUUGAGAGGAUGUGCAAAGGAAGCAGGGUACAACCACCUUCAGAUUGUUAUAUAUGACUUCGCUAGACCAAGGUUGUCCAUUCCAAAUCACAUGCUUCCCCAGACGAAUCAUCCUACUACUAUUUCUUGCUUACAUUCUGAUAAUCCGACUGUUAUGAAUGUCCUGGUGGAUCAGGGCAAUGCAGAGCGACAAGUGCUCGUCAGAAAUUAUGAUGUGGGGAAAGCAGUUACUUUUGAACAAAGAAUUGCAAAUUUGAAGGAAGUUUUCACGUCAGAUGGAUUCAAAAUGUUUUCCCGUGCUAAUGCUCAAACCAUUCUCCCUCCAAAUAAGAAGGGUAGAGCUAGUCGCCUUUGUGGUUCGUAUGAUAAUCAAAUAAAGAAUCUAGAAAGGGAUGCAUUAAGUGCACAAGAACAAGCUCAACAAUGCCGUGGGAAAAAGAGGAAAGUAGAAGAGGGACUUCAGGACCUCAAUAAUAAACUUCAAAGUGCUAAGAGGAGGUGUUGGGAGACAGAGCGCCUUGUGGCGCAAAAGAAAUAUGCACUUCAAGAUGUGAAGAAUUCACAGGUCACAGAAGCUGGUUCAGCACCUGCUUCUAAUGUUGAUGAGCUUCUUCACGAGAUCUCUAAAAUCCAAGAAGACCUUCAGGAGAACGAAAUGUUGGUAGAAGUAAUCCGUGUGAGAAUGAAGGAAGCAGAUGCUAAAGCCAGUGACCUUAAAGCUUCAUUUGAGAACUUAUGUGAAUCAGCAAAAGGAGAAAUUGAUGCCUUUGAGGAAGAAGAGCGCGAGCUCAUUCUAAUUGAAGAAGAUCUACAUUCUAAAGAAGCGGAGAAGAUUCAUUAUGAGAAAGUGAUGAAUAACAAGGUCCUCCCUGAAAUCAAAACGGCAGAGGCACAAUAUGAGGAGCUCAAAAACUUACGCGUGGAGAGUUACAGAAAGGCUUCUAUUAUUUGUCCUGAAAGUGAUCUUGAAGCUUUAGAAGGCUGUGAAGCGAGUACCCCAGAACAACUUAGUGAUCUCUUAAGUAGGCUAAAUCGGACACUUCAGCGUGAGAGUGACAGGUAUGAUGAGUCUAUUGAGGAUCUCAGAAUGUUGCAUCAGAAGAAGGAGCGGAAAAUACUUAGAAAGCAGCAAACUUAUAAGGCUUUACGAGAGAAACUGAAUGCAUGCCAGAAGGCCUUAAACUUGAGAUUGCGCAAGUUUGAGAGAAAUGCGAGUGAUCUGAAGCGCCAGUUGACGUGGAAAUUUAAUGGGCAUUUGAAAAAUAAAGGAAUUAGCGGUCUCGUGAAAGUCAAUUAUGCAGAGGAGAAACUUUCGAUAGAGGUGAAGAUGCCCCAAGAUGCAUCAAGUAACAAUGUUCGUGACACUAGAGGGCUCUCAGGUGGGGAGCGUUCUUUCUCAACAUUAUGCUUUGCACUAGCUCUGCAUGAAAUGACGGAAGCCCCCUUUCGAGCGAUGGACGAAUUUGAUGUCUUCAUGGAUGCAGUUAGCCGGAAAAUCAGCUUGGACACUCUUGUGGAUUUUGCUUUGGCACAGGGAUCCCAGUGGAUAUUUAUUACCCCUCACGAUAUCAGCAUGGUAAAACAAGGGGAGAGGAUUAAGAAGCAGCAAAUGGCGGCCCCUCGGACAUGAUUGUCACCAUCAGCAAGUCCUGCUUCUGCUCAAAAGCAUGUUGAUUCUAUGCUAAUGUUCAAACUGUGGUUCCAUGGGCAUAUGAUAAUAUUCUCUCUACCCAGUAUGUAGAUAUGUAUUUAUUCUGUUUUUGUUCUCUCUUCAGAACAUGUUCAGGACCUGUUGCCGAGUGCAUCAAUUGUACAGUAUUUAUAUUACAAUGGUUCCGUUUGUUUCGGACUCAAGUGCAAGUAUUCAGCCCGGAAUUGGUUUACGCUGUGACCUAUUAACUUUUAGCCUAUUAACUUUUAGCUUUACCCUACUUAAAGCGGGAGCCGUGUACAUUAUCCGAUCAUGUUCAUGUUCCAAAUGAUAAGGAUUUAGUGCUGACUAGAAAAUGGC